CCUCUUGCCCAGGAGCGACAUGAUCUCCAUCUGUCAACUGUAACAUUAUUUUUUUCUGAAUACUCGUGCGAAUGCGAUACGCGAGUAAACAUUCUCAUUGGAAGGAUUAAUUUACUCUAAACAUGAUCGCAUUAUGCCUCAAAAAUUAGUGAAUGCGAUGUUCGAAGAACAAAAAGGCGUUAGGCAGAUGAUCCAUCUGCGUGGAAGAGAAAGCUCUCCGUAUUACAUAUUCCUACAUUCGGAUGACGAAAGUAGUACAGAAGAGGAUGGCAUCUCUUUACAAACUAUUAAAUCUGUAUCAUUACGUUAUCAUAAAAUUGAGGUGAUCAAUGUACAAAUCAAACCUGAGGAUACUCUGCAGGCAUUAGCUCUUCGAUACAGAUGUACAAUAUCUGAAUUGAAACGAAUUAAUAAAAUCGACAAAGAGAACGAGAUAUAUGCUAAACCUUAUAUUAAGGUUCCUGUACAACCAUUCUCUAUUUUAACCGAGAUAUCAUCUGAGAAUCAAGAUAAUGUUAAUACUACAUCUGAGCAAUGUCAAGAAGAAACAUCCACAAAACAAGAAGAACAGUUAAUAGAUCUGGGUACUGCAUCGACAAGCACAGAAUGCUCGAAUACUGAAAUUAAUACUAUCAUAUUAAAUUCAGUAUGUGAACCUUUGUCAUCUUACAACAGUGCCAAUAUUCCCGAAAUUUCUCAUACAGAACAUGACACUUUGCUUAAUGAGACUGAAAGUACAGAAAGAGUUGAAACUUGUGAAACAGAUAUAUUUAAAUGUUCUGGUGAUAAUUGGGGAUUAUCUUGGACACAACUUCUUGUGUUCUCGUUGCUAUUAAGUUUUGCAGGUCCUAUUAUAUAUAUACUUUAUAUAGCAGAAUAUUCAAAUAAAGCAAAUGUAACUGUAAGUAAUUGAUAUUUUGCAUAUAACAUAUAUAUUAGAGACUAAGCUAUAGAUAUAAAAAAAUUUUCUACAUAGAUAUACAUUAUUUCUAAGUUGACAAUGAAAAAUUGAACUCGCGUGCUUUUAUGUUAUCAUAUUUUAUAUAUUAUAUAUAUUAUAGGAAAAAACAAUAUAGUAAAAAUUGAGUGAGAUUUUUUUAAAUCAAAGAUAUAAUUAUUAUUAACUUAUAGAAUUAUUAGAAUUAUUACCUAACAUAACAUUCAACGGAAUCAAAUAUAUUAGAAUAUUACUACUUUUCAUCUAGAAAAGUUAUUAGGUUGUUAUGUCAAACAU